AUGUGCUCUCCUGCCAACUCCAAAAUCCUGUACAAGAAUCCUCAAUUCUUCCGAUUGGCUUUUUUGCAGCUUCAUCACCAGCAGCAGAGCGGUGUGUUCUGUGAUGUCCUUCUGCGGGCAGAAGGUGAGGCAGUCCCGGCCCACUGCUGCAUCCUAUCAGCCUGCAGCCCCUUCUUCACAGAGCGCCUAGAGCAGGAAAAACCAGCUCAAGGUCGGAAAGUGGUGCUGGAGCUGGGAGGCCUGAAGAUCAGGACACUUAGGAAGUUGGUGGACUUCCUCUACACCUCAGAGAUGGAAGUAUCUCGAGAAGAAGCCGAGGAUGUGCUCUUAGCUGCCCGUCAGCUUCGUGUGUCCGAACUAGAAUCCCUUCAGCUAGAGGGUGGAAAGCUGGUGAAGACCACUCAGGGCCGCAGACUAAACCGGGAAUGCUUACAAUCUCCGAUCUCUGCCAGGGUGGUAGCACCCAGUCGCCGCCCUCAAACUCCACUGCCUCUUAACCAGACUCCUUGUCCUCCUGGCACCGUGAGAUUCAAGUCCUCAGGGAAGGAGGAAAGCCCCCAGGGAAAGAGCAGUCGACAGAAUGUGGACAACUUGCCUGGCCCCCUUCUGUUCAAAAGGAAGGCUAAAGCCUGCCCAACACAAGAAAAAAGCUCUUCACCAACAAACGGCAGUCAAGGGCCUAAGGAGAACAAAAAUGACCCUGAUCUUGGUCAAACUGCUGUUUCUCCACCCAGGUUGUACCCCUCUGUGAAUGAGAGACUGUUACCCAGAAAGAUCAGGCUAAGCCGUUCAAAGCCAUCUCCUGAUGUGUGCACUUCCAAGCCUUCCAGCAUUCUAAGUGGACCUAGCUCAGUGUCCACAGCCCCUGGUCGUCGUCUUUGGCGGCAAAAGAGUAUAAAGAAAGAAGUGCCAGAGGACAAGCAGAAACCAGGGAGAUCAAGUCCCUUACAGGGUACUCGAAGCCCCUCAGGUCUUGGAAAGAAGCGGAGCCCAGAAGACAGGGUACCUAACUCCAAUUCUGUGGAGGAGGGGCAGAUUGGAAGAGUGAAGCUUCGGAAGAUUGUCAAUGGAACCUGCUGGGAGGUGGUCCAGGAGCCUCCCCUUAAAGACUCUCAAGACAGCCCUCAGAUCCCAAAACCUCAGGGAAACCUGCUAGAGCCUCCUUUAAGGACUCAGCCAUCCUCGGUAAAUGAGCCAGAAAUGUCCUCUACUCAAACAGACCUAUGUCAGAACUCUCCUGUGUACUCUAGGCUACAAGACAUUCUGUUCUCUGCUAGCCACUCCCCAGACCAGGCAGUGGUAAAGUCCGAAUGUGAGUCCAGUCCAGAGCUUCUAGGGAAAGAAGCUGUGUUAGAUACUGACUGCAGAGAGCCCUAUGCAUUUGACACAGCCCUGCUCAGUCAGCCCUGUGAAGCUGAGGAGUACCGAAUCACUAGUGCUGCUGCUACCAGCGAGCUGGAGGAGAUGCUGGACUUCAUGCUCUGUGGCUCUUACACUGAGCCACCUACAGCAUCUCUGGAGAGUCCCGGGAUAGAGGGCUGCAGAACCCCCAGUUACCACCUGACCGAAACAGGGAAGAACUGGAUCGAAGGAGAAGAAUGGUGUUUACCAGAUAUAGAACUCUGGCCCAGGGAGCUCCCAGGAUUGGAAAAGGAACCUGUGAGUGAGAACAAAGGGCCGAGUGAUGCCCUAAGCCCCCUUGCCAUGUCCUCAGAAAUGAGUGAAGGAGUACUUUCAGCGGGAGGUUCUUGGACUGCAGACCUGAAAAUGACCAGCUCCAGGCCCCUGGAUGGUCAGAGACACAAACUCCUCCACACUGGCUCCCUCAGUCCUUCCCAUCAGAAAGACCUUUCCCCUUCCUGUUCAAACUGGCGGAAGAUGGGGCUGGAUGUGCCACAAACCAUGGAUGAUGAAGUGUUAUCUCCUGCUCCAGAGGCAGGCAAGGUGACCAUUAACUUAGAGCUGCUGGGGUCAUUUCCCAUCAGCUCUAAUGAGGAAGAGAUUGAUGUGGUGGACUCGACAGCAGAGGGGAAGGUGGAACCCACUGCUAUUCUCUCUGUAUGGCCUGACCCUUCCUCAGAGUCAGAAACAGAAAUAGACAUACUUACAUGGUAG